AUGAGCGCAGUUCAGAGCGUCUUCCAAGUACUGUCGAUCGCCACGGCCGUCUUCGUGCGGUUCUCGCCCUUGCCGGACUUCCGACGCAUCUACGCGGCCAAGAAGGUGGGCGAGGUGCAGAUCCUCCCGGUCGUGACGCUCAUCACCAACUGCGUGGUGCUGGUCUGGUACGGCUACCUCUCGGACGACAUUUUCCCGCUGCUGGCCACGGCGGUGCUCGGACUGAUCACGUGCUCGGGCUUCACGCUUGUCUUUUACUACUACACAGACGACCGUCAAGCGGUGCACAGGAUUCUGCUCUGGGCGCUGCUCUUCAUCGUGCUGGUGUGCGUGUACGGCGCGCUCGGCGUCUACGGUCUGACUGGCCAGUCCGACGACUCCGUGGGCACAGCGUUCGGAGCCAUCUCGAUCGUCACGUCCGUGGCGCUGUGUGGGUCUCCGCUGGCCACGACCCGCCGCGUGGUGCGAGAAAAAUCCACGGCGAGCAUGCCCUUCACGCUGUCACUGGCCAAAUUCACGAACGGCGCGGUCUGGAUCGUGUACUCGGUCAUGAUCAAGGACAUCUGGGUCUUCAUCCCGAACGUCAUGGGCUUCGUGCUCUCGUCGGUUCAAAUGGCCAUCUACGUGAUAUAUCCGAGCGCUGGGGAGGGUGAGCUGCAGCCUGAGACUGCAGUCGUGUAUCCAGCGUCGGACGACGAAGCUUCGUUCUCGAUCGUUAUCACCACACCUGGCAAGGAGAAGAUCGACCGGAAGGACAGCCUCGAGUUUGUAGCCAUCCGCUCGCCGUCCACACGCUGCUUGUCGUCGGUAUCCAUUGAGCGCCACUAG